AUGGAUCACUUCGAGGAGGAUUUAGUCGCCGCAUUAAGAGAAAUUGUCAAAGACGGAAACUGGCAAUGUGUAGGAAAGAAGUGUGAUUUUGACUCACCAUGCACAAAGUAAGCAGUCCAAUUAGCUAGAAUAGCAGCAGCUAGCUAACUAACUGUGUUUAUCCCACCUAAUGUAUAUGGUUUAUACACAUUAGCUGCCCUUGCCUUUUCUGAAAAGAUGGUCUAACUUGGUGCAUGACUUCUCUACGUUUCCCCAAGGCUGUACUCUGAGGAUGGUGAACACAUUGUCCUGGUUCACACAGAAGAUGACAGAUUCUGGGCUAUGGAUUCAUCCUGUCCCCAUGAAGGUAUAGCCUAAUUGAUGGCAUGCCAUUAAUCACUCAGCACUAUGGUAUGGUAGCUUGCUGUUAUGAUGAUUAAUUCAUAAACAACUACGUGACAAAAUGGCUAUAGGAUAAAUCAAAUAACUUUUGUCACAUACACGUGUUUAGCAGAUGUUAUAGGAUGUGUCGCGAAAUGCUUGUGCUUCUAGCUCCGACAGAAUGAGAGUAUGCUAUAAGAAAGAAAUUAUCAUAGUCACCAUACUAUGAUGUCUUUCAUCAUUACAACCACCGUCUUCGCGUAGGAGGCCCUCUUGACCUCGGUGACAUCGAGGACCUGGGAGAUGGGAAGAGGGUACUGGUCUGUCCCUGGCAUCACUUUGACUUCUGCCUGGAGACCGGUGCCUCUUCCAUGGGACUACAGGUAGAGAGAGAUGGCCUCCAACAGAGCCUAUUUAUUCAUAGUAUUCUAAAUAUAGGUUUCCUGUAACCAUGUGAUAAAGGGAAGGUUGAUAUGUAUUACCACCAUUGGCAUCAUACAGGAGUCAAUGUGGCAUUUACGGGUGUCCUUAGGGGCAAGAGACAGGGAUUUGGAGUUGCUUAGAGAAAGUACUCACACCCCUGAGACAAUCAAGACAUAUUUUAUUUUUUUUAAACACAUUUUUAACAAAUUCUGUAAUUUUUCUUUCACUUUGAGAAUGUGGAGUAGGUUGUGUGGAUAAAAAAAAUCAAAUUGAAUCCCUUUUAUAUUUAAAUAAGGCAUCUAAAUGUGACAACUUUUCAAGGGGUGUGAAGACAUUCACUAGGCAAUGUAUGUUUUAUUAGAAUUUGGUCAUUGAAUAACAAAAGCUUAUUAAUCAAUAAUACAAGUAGACUAAAAGGAACAUUUGUUUUUCUGUCUACAGAACCAGGUGUAUGAGGUCAGAGUUGUCCAAGACAUGAUUUAUAUCAACACACAGAAUGAGCUGUGUCUAAGUCCCAUGUCAGAGACAGACACAACAUCUAAUGGUAAGGUGAUAGUAUACCUAAUGAACAAUGUACACCAAUCAACGUUCUUUUUGACAAUUACAUAAAGGAAAGUACUGUAGCCUGGGUGACAGUCUGUUUCUGCACUCUUGCCAUCUCCUUAUGGAAUUGUCAUGCCAAACAUGUUGGCUUGACGAUAAGCAGGCAAUAACACACACAGAUCUGGGAGCAGGCUAGUAGGUAAGAUAUUUUGUUCUGGCAAAGCUUUGAAUGAUAUUAAGUACAUUUAUAAGAGAUCUCUUUUUGGCUCAGGCACAUUGUCAGCAGAUGAUGUCGAGCCAUCACCCUCUGAGGACACACUGUGCGUCUGGGCUACAAAGAUCCUGUGCACACCGGACCCCAAAGAGAAGGCAAGCCCCAUUCACACUAACCACCACAUGAAGUGUUAAACUGGGAGGGAAUAGAGUAUUGGGUUGUGUUCAUUAGGCACCAAAUGAAGAAAAAAAAUGACUGAAACAGGUGGAGACUACCUGGACUUUCCAUGGCAAAACAUACAAAAAUAGUUUCUGGUUGCGUACACAGAUUUGCAGAUGUUAUCGCAGGUGCCUGAGAUUUGUUCAACCCUGCAUAUCUCACUGGCUCACUGACUUUGAUCCAAUCCCUGUAGGUAGCCAUGACGCUGCAGGUCCAGGCGAGAUGGAACAGUGGGGAGAUAACAGAGGUGGGUCAGGCUACUCCACCUGUCCAGCCCAGCAGGAAGGAGAACCUGACCGUGCUGCAGCCGGGCAAAAUCAAGCGUGGCAAAGGUGGCACACAGGUCAGUGUGUUAACAACACCCUCUAAUCACUCAGACAGGUUGGAAGUAUGAACUAACAAGUCCGGAAUCUCUGAAAUCCUCAAAAAACGAGCCUAAAAUCCCUUAGAUCAAGAGGGGAGGUAAUCACAGUAAUGCAAUGAGGAAACCCCUGUUAGCAUAAAACCAAAUCGAGGACAAGCUUUUUCUGAUCCACAAGGGAAAAUGGGCAGCUGAUAUUUGGUUUAAACCUAAAAACUUAGAACAUACUGUCAUCAAAGAGAACUAUAUCCCUGAACUAUAUGUCCGCCUGAACCUAACAAAAAGCCAAAGGUCAGUUUGUUCACAACUCACAUCCGGCACUCACCCUCUGGCUUAGAGACGGGUAGAUUUAACAGAGUGCCUGAAGAGGAGAGAAUUUCCCUACUGUGUUGGGAAAUCAAAAAACAAAAUCCAUUUAGUGUUUUUGGGUCCUUUGUAUGACGAUCUGAGACAUGUUAUUUUCUGUAAAAAAAAAUGUAUGGUGCUAACCCUGAAGUAUUCUGGUUAAUGGACAAGCAGAGGCUUGAAUUUUGUUCCAGACAGGGUGUUUGAGAUUGCUCAGUUUGUUUACAAUGCCUGGAGGAGAAGGAGAAAUGUACUGUUUGUGUAGUGGGGCUAGAUGGUAGCUGUACUGUUUGUGUAGUGGGGCUAGAUGGUAGCUGUACUGUUUGUGUAGUGGGGCUAGAUGGUAGCUGUACUGUUUGUGUAGUGGGGCUAGAUGGUAUCUGUACUGUUUGUGUAGUGGGGCUAGAUGGUAGCUGUACUGUUUGUGUAGUGGGGCUAGAUGGUAUCUGUACUAUUUGUGUAGUGGGGCUAGAUGGUAUCUGUACUGUUUGUGUAGUGGGGCUAGAUGGUAGCUGUACUGUUUGUGUAGUGGGGCUAGAUGGUAUCUGUACUGUUUGUGUAGUGGGGCUAGAUGGUAUCUGUACUGUUUGUGUAGUGGGGCUAGAUGGUAUCUGUACUGUUUGUGUAGUGGGGCUAGAUGGUAGCUGUACUGUUUGUGUAGUGGGGCUAGAUGGUAGCUGUACUGUUUGUGUAGUGGGGCUAGAUGGUAGCGGUACUGUUUGUGUAGUGGGGCUAGAUGGUAGCUGUACUGUUUGUGUAGUGGGGCUAGAUGGUAGCUGUACUGUUUGUGUAGUGGGGCUAGAUGGUAGCUUUACUUGCCAUGAUUAUUGUACAGUAUAUGCAUAUCAUUUGUACAAUGUUAUUUUGUUUUGAGUACAAGGAAAAUUGUGCUGUGUUUAGUAGUUUCUUGUAAGCCCAUGUGGGCUGGGCACCAGUAGUUGUAUGACACUUAAAUAAAUCACAUCAAUCAAUCAUGUAGCCUAACAAAUAGAAGACCAAACAUGACUGAAUGACGAUAGACACAGGUAAUGGUACUGUUGACAAAAAGGAGGGAACGUAUCCCAUGCCAGUAUUGAACUACACAACCCCUAGAUUACCAAAAUGGGCAUGCUAACUACCCACUGUCGCAAUAAAAUAGUACACGUUUAUUUGCACAGGAUACAACAGGUGUAAAAAAUCUAAUCAAAUUGUAUUGGUCACAUACACAUAUUUAGCAGAUGUUAUUGCGGGUGUAGCGAAAUGCUGGUGUUCCUAGCUCCAACAGUGCAGUAGUAUCUAACAAAAUAUAUUACAUCCGGUUUGGUUUAGAAACCCCAUUGACAAUGCAUGGGAAAUGGUUUAGGGAUCGAACUAGGGCUGAACGAUUAAUUGCAUUCGCGAUAAUAUCGCGAUUUGACUGAACGCGAUUUUCUAAUCGCAACGUGCGCGAUUUGAGGUGGUCACGUGACGCGACUUUUCAUGCUGUCCAGCGCAAUGGCCUCUUGCUCGACGGAACAGUCAGAAACUGACACAGCUGAUACUUUAAUAUCGAAGAGGAACAGCACGUCGGUGGUGUGGAACUAUUUUGGUUUUAAAAAAGAAGAUGCUGAGCAGCGUCAGGUGUUGUGCAGAGCAUGCCGUGCUCCGAUUGCUACUUCACGGGGUAACACUACAAACCUGUUUCAGCACUUAAAAAAAUACCACAAAUCAAUGCAUGACAGUUGUAUGACCAAAAUGCCGAGCAUCAGUGCGCGAGACAAGCCAAAUACCUCAAGACAGGGAUCACUGACAGAAAUGUUCGAAAGUGUCACUCCGUAUGAACGUAAUUCAAAACGGCACGGAGAAAUCACUCGGACAAUAACCGAGUUCAUAGCCAAAGAUAUGAUGCCUCUCAGCACGGUGACCAAGCCUGGGUUCAUGGCAUUAAUACAUACGCUUGAUAAACGUUAACAGUAUACCCUCCCGCACAUACUUCAGUCAGACUGCCAUACCGGAGCUGUACAAAAAGUGCAAAGAGAAAGUCGCCGCGGAACUUAAAACGGUGGAGUUUUUUGCUAGCACUACUGAUAUGUGGUCAAGCCGCACAGCUGAGCCGUACCAGAGUCUUACAGUCCAUUUUAUUGAUGAAGAUUUCAACCUCCGAGCUCGCUGCCUACAAACUACCUACUUCCCAGACGAUCACACAGGGGAAAAUAUUGCAGCCGGCCUGAGAGAAGGGCUUGUCAGCUGGGAUCUCCACGAGGAGAAUCACGUCUGCAUCACGACGGACAACGCGUCGAAUAUGGUGCUUGCUGCGCGGCUUAAUGAAUGGACGAGGCUCCAAUGUUUUGGCCACAGAUUACAUCUUGCCAUUGGUAAGUUAUCGUGUGUGUGUGUGUGUGUGUGUGUGUGUGUGUGUGUGUGUGUGUGUGUGCGCGAGUGCGAGAGAGAGAGAUGCGUCGAUUAGUAAAGCUGAAUAUACAAAUAUAUAUAAAUGAUAUUAUAUAAAUCGGAUGGGAUUAAAUAAAUUCAUACUUCCACUCCUUUUCUAAUAUGUAAAUUCAUUUUACUUGCUUAUAUCAUAUGUCUGUCUGUGGUGGAAUGCCCACCUGCAUUUUUUUUCUUUUCUUGUUUUUGUUUUUUACAUGUUUUUUUAGUGUUUAUGAGAGAGAGAGAGAGAGAAAGAGAGAGAGAAUUGACAUGCAAAUAAAGACCCUUUGAAUUGAGAGAGAGAGAGAGGAUGUGUUGUGGAUGUGUGUAUUUCAGAAUUACAGCUAAUUUGAGUGUGUAAUAGUGAGAGCCUUGUAUCAAAACUCAAAUUGUGUGUAAUACACUACUUUUUAUUUCUUUUAGAAAAUGCACUCAAAGAUGACAGAGUGUCAAGGGCAACAGUACUGUGCAGGAAGCUGGUGGGGCACUUUUCCCACAGUUGGAAGAAGAAAGCAGCCCUGACGGAGGCACAGAGAGAGCUCAAACUCCCUGAGCACAACCUCAUAACGGAGUGCCCAACAAGAUGGGGUUCUAAAGAAAUGAUGAUUGCCAGAGUGCUUGAACAGGCCAAAGCCAUUUCUCAGGUAUUGUCUGGAGAUCGAUAUGCACGCUCCCUUAUCCCAACCUGGCAGGAUAUUGACGUGUUGGAGUCGAUUCACAAGGCACUGCAUCCUCUACUGGAGUUUACUGAUGCUCUUUCUGGAGAGGAGUAUGUAAGCAUCUCCUACCUCAAGCCAGUUCUCCACCUUUUUGCCACAUCAGUCCUGGCUGAAGAUGCUGAGGACACUGACCUGACUAAAUCAAUAAAAACCAAAGUCCUAGCAUACCUCAAUAACAAAUAUGGAGACCCAAACAUCCAGGAGCUUUUGGAUGUUGCCUGUUUCCUGGACCCUAGGUUCAAAAUACAGUACAUCAGUACAGACAACAUCCCUGCUAUCAAGACUCGUCUGAAGACAGAGAUAGUAGACUUGGCACAACGUACAUAUCAUUGGGUAAAUAAUUAUGUAUUUCACAAAAACAAAAAUUUUCUGUAAAAUCUAACUGGAAAACUAAUGGCUGUUGUUUUCAUCUAAUAGGAGAAGAGGUCUCGUACUGAAACUGUUCAGAUGCCUCAAAGUGCACAGUCCUUGGGGGAAAAGACGAAGAGGUCUCUUGGCAGUUUUUUCAAGACCAGUUCAGCCUCUCCUUCUUUGCCUGUAAAUCUUGAAGAUGUCGCAGAGGCAGAGAUAAACAAUUACCUGAUGACUCCUACCAUUGAUGGAGAAGAUGAUCCAUUGGCUUGGUGGAGGGUGCACAAGAUCAGCUACCCACAGUUGUGCACCAUGGCACGCAAGUAUCUUUGUGUACCUGCUACAAGCGCUCCCUCAGAGCGUCUUUUUAGCACAGGAGGGAAUAUUGUGACUUGCACUCGCUCAGCCUUGAAGCCAGAAAAAGUCAAUAUUCUGGUUUUCUUAGCAAAAAACCUGUGAGCCACUGAGAACAGAACUGUUGGAUAAGUAUGGCUGGCAGUGCCAUACUCGUAGUGAACUUUAGUCUGUGUGGUGUGUUAUUGUUGUGUACUUGAGAUAAGUGAGGCUCAUCUAUUUUAUAUUAUAAUAUUCAAAUCGUUUAUAAAAAAUAGUUUGUCUAAAUUAAAAGUGCAUUUCUCAUUUUUUAUUUAUAACUUUAUUUACUUUGAUUUUACAAAAUAUUUUCAAAGCAAAUUCCUUGUUUCAGUUGUGUGAAAUGUUACUGACUUGGGAGCAGUAAGAUACAUACAAUUUAAAAUUAUUUUUUUCUUAAGACUGUACCUUUUGCACACAGUGUUUACAAAGUUCAUGCCUUUGUUUAAAUUAUUUAAAUGCACAGUGGCAAAGCCACAGAUGUUUCUGUAAUGAGCAGUUCAAUAAAAAUGUCAUUUAUUUCAAGUCAUACAUGUUUGAAUUUAAUUCUAACAAAUAGACCCAGCCUAUGGGAAAGAACAUUUCACACUAAAUGUAUAUACUAUUGUGUUGGUCAUAUUUAAAUCAUUCAUUAUGUUUUGUAGGGGAAAAAGGAUAAAUAAAUUAAAUCGCAUAUUAAAUCGCAAUCGCAAUAUUGGGGGCAAAAAAUCGCAAUUAGAUUAUUUUCCAAAAUCGUUCAGCCUUAGAUCGAACCCACAACCAUGGUGUUGCAAGUGCAACUGAGCUACAUGGGACUAUAAAACAGUACAGUGAAAUGCUUACUUGCAAGCUCUUUCCCAACAAUGCAGUAUUCAAUAUCAAUGGUAAGAGAAAUAAUAUGAAGGAAAAACACAAGAAAAACCGGAGAAUGUAAACUCUAUACAGGAUCAGUACCAGCACCAUCAUUUCAAUGUGCAGGGAUACUGGAGUAGUUGAGGUAGAUGUGUAAGCAGGGGUAAAAGUGACUGUCAGCAGGAUAAAAAAGAUAUGGUGAAUGUGUGAUGUGUGGGCUUCAGUAUGUGAGAGUGUGUGUGAAUGUGUGAGUAGAGACCUGUGAGUGUGCAUAGAGUCAGUGCAGAUAGUCCGUUGGAAGGUGGGCAGCCAUUGAUUAGCUGUUUAACAGUCUUAUAGCUUUGGGAUAAAAUCUGUCUGAUGCCAUUGGUCUUGAUGCUCCGGUACCGCCUGCCAGACGGUAGUGGAGAGAACAGUCCAUGGCUGGGGUAACUGGAGUCUUUGGCAAUUUUUCAGGCCUUCCUCAGACACCUCCUGGUAUAAAUGUCCUGAAUGGCUGGGAGCUCGCCCCCAGUGAUGUGCUGGGCUGUCCGCGCCACCCUAUGUAGAGCCUUGCGGUCGAGGGCGGUGCAGUUGCCAUACCAGGCGGUGAUGCAGCCAGUCAAGAUGCUCUUGAUGGUACAUCUGUAAAAGUUCUUGAGGAUGUGUUGUUGUAGCAAACUCUUCUUUUGUUCGUUGUCAUGGCAUUAGCACAUACAGUAUGGGACGAGGCUAUAGAACUGCAACAUUCCAUGCUUCAUCAAUGAUGGUUGAUAUGAGUGUAUGUGUUUACUAUGUGUCUGACCAGGCUAGCAGGAUAGCCCUCCUCCACUCCCUGGCUAACAUAGAGCAGUGGGCUAUAGACCUGUCCUGGGACAUCAUUGCUCGCUUCUCAGCGGUCAGACUGGACACUGGAGAGCCCCUUCCCCGCCAGUUCUUCAGCGACUUUGUCAAAGUGGCUGGAGACGAGGCCAAGGUCAGUGUCCUAACAACACUGGCCUUGAUGAAUCACAUAUAUCUAAUUAAUGUGCUAUGUUACGUGUUGUUUUAAAAGGAUAGUUCACUUUCUGAAGUUUCAGCUUAUUUUUGAAAACAAGCUGAAACCAAAAAGUGGACCAGUCCUUUAAUAAUGAUGCACAUCUGUUGUAAUUGUAUGUGUGUUGUUCAAAUGUCUAUACUUCAGAUAUUGGUAGUCCAAAUAUAUUUAGUAUGUUUAUAUUAGUAUAAUACUGCAAGACAGUGUUCCUCAAGGAGGAUAACAAGUGGUAAUACUGUAUCAGUUGGGAGUAGUGGAUGGACUGCUACCCUAGUAUUACAAUUCAUUUGUACUCUGUUCAACAGCAUUAUCACUUACUAGAGACGAGGAUCACAGAACUCGACAGCUUCUUUGGCGCGUUACCUGUUCAUAAUGGUGGGUGGUUUGCUGGCUUCUCCAGACUAAGGCCGAGAUUCAAUCCCGAUCUCUUUUGUAGACAAUGCGUCUUUGGAAAGGCAAUGUUCCCGCGUUGGUGGAGAUCCAAUUCACAGUAAACACUGCAUAUGUUGGCUCAGUCAGGAAAUUCACUUUGAAGUAUCAAACAUGCUAUAAUGCAGAUCCGAUUGAAUCCUGGCCUAACUGACUUUUAAUAUCAUCACAGUUGGUUUUAUGAAAAAAGACAUGACAUUUUCAGUGCAGCCGGUGUAAGUUAAGCAACCUCCGCUCUUGUCUAUACAGGACUGUGGCAGUCAGCAACGGAUACGUCCCACGACCUGCUGGCGAGGCUAGCCAUUGUGCAUAUGGUACAUGAAGCCAGGUACAGCAUUCACCUGAAUUACAGCACUAUCAGAAUAUGACUAUGUUAUCAGUGCAGUGGAAACAUGGUCCCUAUUACCUUGACACAUCUUCUAAUACACCCAUGGUGUUCACAUUAUCUGAAAGGUCUGGAUAGGUCUGAGAAAUCGGACACAUUCUUGGACACAAAUAACCACAGGGCGGCUAAAACAAAAACUUGGUGAAAUUCUUGGCUUUUCCAAUCAACUGGGCUCUGGGAAAGUACUGCUACCUAACUCCCUCUCUCUCUGUCUCUCUCUCCUCCCCCAAGAGGCCUGGAUGUGCAUCCCCAGACCUUGUCCCGCUUCGCUGCCCAGGGGGACUGCAGCUCUGUGGAGGUGCUGGAGGUUAUCUACCAGGAUGAGAUCACUCACGUGGCCGCCGGGCUCCGCUGGUUCACCUACAUCUGUUCACAGGAAGAACGGGUAUGGCUUUAAGGAGGCAAUUAUUGAACUACAGUUUAGUAAACUGAGUAGUACAUAAAUAGUUGCCUCUUUAUAACGCACAUUGUUGAAGAAAUCACUGCCACAUUACAAUUGGGUUUAUGGUAAAUGUAGUAAAUCAUGGCCUGGUUACACAUCCACCAUCGUUGCUGCAGCUGUGCCUCAUCUAACUUUACAUCCAAAGGUGGACUACACUUUGGUAGCUAAUGUUCAGCUUUCCUGAUGUUCUUUUUAGGAUUGCUUAUCUACUUUCCAUGACUUGGUGAAGCAGCACUUUAAAGGUUACCUGAAGCCUCCUUUUAACACAGAGGGUAGGAAGACAGCAGGGAUGACACAGGAG